AUGGAGGAUUCAGCUUUUGAAUAUCAAUACCAUACGAACCCUCUUGAUUAUUCAAUGAAUGAUAACCAAACUUUCUAUCAUCAAACUCCACAAAACUUGAGCAGUGCAUCCUCUGGAACUUGUCAAGUCAGCUUUGAGAGCCCAGUUAAGCGGCCAAAGAUUUCUGAACCAGUCUCUACUUCUUCCUCAUCUCAUAUUUUAUGUUUUGAUAACUCUAAUUCACCUCCAGUCACUUUCUAUGACCUGGACUCAACAGCAGUUCCUAAGAAUGAAAUAGGAUGUGAUAGCAAUGUCAAUUACGAAUAUGGUGCAACGUAUUUUGUACAAGGUAGCAAAAAGAUUGCUCCAAUGAGUAGGUCUCCUUCUCAUGCAAUAGGGGAAAGGAAGCGCCGGGAAAAGCUCAGCCAGAGAUUCAUAGCUCUUUCAGCUGUUAUUCCUAACCUAAAGAAGAUGGACAAGGCAUCUGUACUUGGAGAUGCAGUUAAGUACCUGAAGCAUCUUCAAGAACGCGUGAAGACACUCGAGGAACAAUCUGCCAGGAAAACCAUGGAAUCGGUAGUUUUCGUGAAGAAGACUCAGGUUUGUGUUGAUGAUGAUUCAUCUUCAAUUGAUGAGAACACUGAUGGCUGCUGUGACCACCCACUUCCGGAAAUCGAAACACGAGUUUCGGAUAAGGAUGUUCUCAUUAGGAUCCUUUGCGAGAAGAAGAAAGGAUGCCUGAUGAAAAUACUCAGCGAAAUCGAAAAGUUUCACCUAAAUGUCAUCAAUAGCAGGACCUUGUCCUUCGGAAACUGCACCCUAGAUGUUACUGUAGUGGCUCAGAUGGACGUUAAUAAUUCUGUGAUACUGAAAGAUAUUGUGAAAAAUAUACGACAAGCUCUGCUAUAG